CGUAGGGGAGGGGAGGAGGGUUUGGGGCUGAGUGAAAACCAAGGGGAAGGGCAGUCACCUCUGGAUGUGUGUGUAUAUAUAUCACCCUGCCUGCUGCCUGGGAGCAAACCUGGAGUGAGACAAGAAGACAACAGGCAAAGAGGGAAAGGUCUCCUCCACCACGACCUCCUCCUCCUGCUUUGUUCUGAACAUUCCCAUUGAUUUCAUCCUUGGCAUUUCCUUCCUCGAACACCCAAGACUCUUGAAUUAAAGAGUUGUCCUUGGAUUGGGUUCCUCUUGGACUCAGGACACCUGGGUUCCUAUUGGCGAUUGGCGGGCUGGAGAGAGCAGUGAGUCCUCGUAGGCUGAAGCUGGUGGGGCAGGUGUUUCUAAGUCGCAAGCCCAUGGCUGAGAAGCGGAGCUCACUGGGCAUCCCUUUUGCCAAUUCUAUCCUCUUGCCAUCUUACUGUCCCUCAGCUGGGCCUGCACCAGCCAUGCUGGCCAUUUCCGCUUCUCUCCAAAGUAUGUGGUACUUCUUUUUCCUUAGCCUGCUUUUCUGGGCCACCUUGGCCCCCACAGCUUUAGCCUUUCCCCUGCCCAAUUCCAGCCCCCUUUAUCAGUUCGAAGGGCAGGUCCGCCUUCGCCACCUCUACACAGCAGAUGAGCAAACACAUCUCUUUCUGGAGAUCUUGCAGGACGGCAGAGUACGCGGCUCCAAACACCAGAACCCUUUCAGUUUGUUGGAGAUCAAAGCUGUAAAGCCAGGAGUUAUUCGGAUUCAGGGCAUGAAAACCUCUCGCUUCCUCUGCAUGACCUCCAGUGGGCAUCUCUAUGGUUCGGAACACUACUCAGAGGAGUCAUGCAAUUUCCGUGAGACUGUCCUCCGUGAUGGCUACAAUCUCUACUACUCUGAACACUAUGAUAUUCCAGUCAGCCUCAGCUCGGCGGGGGUCCUAUUGCGGAAUCGUCAGCUACCCCCAUUCUCCCAGUUCCUGCCCUUGGUCAACCGGAUCCCUCUCGACCCUCUGUUUGUUGACUAUGACUUCUAUGAACAAGUGCCCAACAUCGAGUCUGCUGACCCCUUGAGCAUGAUAGACCAAGCCCCCAGCUUCAGGAGUCCCAGUUAUGUCUUCUGAAGGCCAAGGGCCCCUGGGUUGUUUGGGGCAGGUGUGCGAUGCCAGACUUUAUAGACUUUUCCAGAGUUUCAGUGCUUGAGCUGUUUUUGCAGUAAAGAUGGGAUGAAGCAAUUCAAAGUCAGAGCAGGGAUGGGGUAAGACAGAAAGAGGACUUUAUUUAUUGUACUUGACAUUAAUGAUUGAUAUUGUUGCUGUAUUUUGCGGACUCCUGAUUCCCCAAAGUGUCUAAUGAUGAUACAUGUGAAUACUGUACAUGAGGGAGAUGCAAGGAACAUUCCACAUCAACAGAGGCAGAAUUCUUAUUUUGAUGGAUUCCUUUUUUGUUUGUUUGUUUUGUUUGCAGUCUUCUGUCGGCGUUAAGUUUUGCCGGCUUUUUAUUUCUGUUUUCUAUCUAUUUAAAAUAACUUAUUUAUUUUGUGCAUAUUUAUUGAAGGAGGUUGGAGACAGUAGAAAGAGGGGGGAGGCUGAAUGAGAAAACUCUUUUCUCCAGAAAAUAAUUUAUAUGUGGUUAUUUAUACAGUAAUGUAUGUGUAUUAUUUUUUUCAUAUUUAUGUGUUAUGGAAAGGAAAUCACUAUUAAACCUAUUCUAAGUCUG